ACGUCUCUUCUUCCUCCUCUGGUGGGGGGACCCGUCAUCAUCACCGUGAGGAGGAAGGGCCCCCGCCGGCCCUGUAAUACGACGGCCAUGUCUCGGGUUUGCAGCGCGUGAGCGAGCGCCAGCGCGUCCCUCCGCCUUCCCUCGUUCCUUCCACCUCCACCACCAUCAUCUCCAUCCUCCUGCUCCUCCAUCCUCUGGACUCUCUCGGACGUGUAUAUGACGACGGUGUGGGGACAGUAAUGACAGCACGCUUCCGGUUGCCUCCUGGCAGAAGCUCCGAUGUGGGAGAGUCCGAAGUGGCCCGAGACAGACAGAGCGCGCAGGUGGUGUGUAACGUUUUGCUGCUGGACAACACAGUGCAAGCCUUCAGAGUUAAUAAGCAGGAUCAGGGUCAGAUCUUGCUGGACAUAGUCUUUGAACAUCUGCAGCUGACAGAGCGAGACUAUUUUGGACUUCAGCUUGCUGACGACUCCUCGGACAAUCAGAGGUGGCUGGAUCCAAACAAACCAAUAAGGAAACAACUGAAAAGGGUGGCUCCAAAUAAUUUAAGUUUUAGGGUGAAGUUUUUUGUAAGUGACCCAAGCAAACUGCAAGAGGAGUACACAAGGUACCUGUACUUUUUGCAGUUGAAACAGGACAUCUUGAGUGGGAGGUUGCCGUGUCCACAGAAUGCAGCAGCUCUUCUGGCCUCUUAUGCCAUUCAGGCUGAGUUGGGGGACUACAGCCAGUCGGAGCACUUGCCUGGCUACCUCUCAGAGUACAGCUUCAUUCCUAACCCUCCAGAGGACUUCGAGAAGGAGGUUGCCAAACUGCACCAACAGCACAAUGGACUCUCUCCAGCUGAGUCGGAGUUUAACUACUUGAGGGCUGCCAGUUCGUUAGAGCUGUAUGGAGUGGAACUUCACUAUGCUCGGGACCAGACCACUGCAGAGGUCUACAUUGGAGUGAUGUCUGCUGGGAUCGCCAUUUAUAAGAACAGGGUACGAGUCAGCCACUUUCCAUGGGUGAAAAUUGUAAAAAUCUCCUUUAAAUCGAAACAGUUUUUUAUUCAACUCCGAAAAGAAUCGACCAAGAGCAGAGAGUCUCUGUUGGGCUUCAGCAUGGUGAACUACAGAGCGUGUAAGAACGUAUGGAAGGCCUGCGUAGAGCAUCACACUUUCUUCAGAUUGGAGCGGCCCAUGCCACCGCAGAAGAGCUUCUUUGCACACUACUUCACCCUCGGCUCCAAGUUCCGCUACUGUGGGAGGACGGAAGCACAGUCUGUCCAGUACGGGAAAGAGCGAGGUGUCAAGGAUAGAGUGUUCGCCAGGUCACCCAGCAAGCCCCUGGUUAGGAGACUGGUGAGUGGAAUGGACUGGGAGACGGUCAGUAGGAACUCGCUCUCAGAUGACCGACUGGAGACACAGAGUUUACCCAACCGCUCUCCACCAGGAUCCCCCAACCAUUCCAUAUUCACCCCGGAUGGCACUCGAGUGCGGCCGUCCUCCAUCGGCCACCUGGUAGAUCAUGUGAUCGAUGACUCACCAUGUCAAGCCUUUGCCAACCAUAAGUCUGCAUCUUCUACGCAAGCUAACAGCAUCAGUCUGGACUCCACCCCGUCUCCAGACAGCGCUGCAGAUGGCCAGCCACCUGCACUUCCCCCGAAGCAGUCCAGGAAGAACCUUGUCAGCCACAUCUCCCAAUCACGAUCUGAAUCGGAGCUGGAUGACCAUGCAUCUGAACUAUAUGAUGUGCCAGUGGUGUCAGACAAGAGCAUGCAGAAUGGUGCAGUUCCACACGACAACCUUGUCCUGAUUAAAAUGAAACCAGAUGAAAAUGGUCGUUUUGGAUUUAACGUCAAGGGUGGUGCUGAUCAAAGAAUGCCAAUCAUUGUGUCCCGUGUGGCUCCUGGAACUGCGGCUGACCUGUGCGUGCCACGUCUUAACGAGGGUGACCAGGUGGUGCUGAUCAAUGGGAGAGACAUCUCUGAUUACACACACGAUGACGUGGUUAUGCUAAUCAAAGCCAGCUGCGAGAACCAAUCAGGAGAGCUCAUUCUUCUAGUCAGACCCAAUGCCAUCUAUGAUGUGGAUGAGGAGGAGGAGAAGCUGGAUUUGGAGUCAGAGUUCCACUUCAUUCCAGAGAGCUGUGGGUUGGAUCGGUCCCACUCUGAGCCGGACGGCUGGAAAUCCUCCUUCCAGCUGCUGAGAGACGGCCUGAGCAGCGGCUCUGUGCUCGCUCAGUUCGACCAACUAUAUCGGAAAAGGCCCGGAAUGUCCAUGUCGUGUGCCAGGUUGCCCCAGAACGUCUGCAAAAAUCGCUAUCGAGACAUCUCGCCCUAUGAUGCAACUCGAGUCGUCCUGAAGGGAGCAGAGGACUACAUCAAUGCAAAUUACAUCAAUAUGGAAAUCCCAGGGGGUGGUGGGGUGAGGCGCUAUAUAGCAUGUCAGGGGCCGCUGCCUGGCACCUGCGGGGACUUCUGGCAGAUGGUUUGGGAGCAGAGCGCCGCCCUGGUGGUCAUGCUUACUACACAGGUGGAGCGUGGCAGAGUGAAGUGUCACCAGUACUGGCCAAAUGUGUCUGCAACUGGAACCUACAGCGGCUUUCAGGUGUCGUGUGUGUCUGAGGACGGGAAUUCAGCGUACCUGCUCCGAGCUCUGACGCUCACACACCUGGAGAGUAAAGAGGAGAGGCAGCUGUGUCAGAUGCAGUACAUGGCUUGGCCUGACCAUGGUGUCCCAGAUGACUCCACUGACUUCCUGAACUUUGUUAGUUUGGUGCGCAGCAAACGAGGCGACUCAGAGGAGCCUGUGGUGGUGCAUUGCAGUGCUGGGAUUGGUCGGACGGGGGUUCUCAUCACCAUGGAGACAGCGAUGUGUCUGAUAGAGCGAAGCCAGUCUGUGUAUCCGUUAGACAUUGUACGAACCAUGAGAGACCAGCGGGCCAUGAUGAUUCAAACUCCAAGCCAGUACAGGUUUGUUUGCGAGGCCAUUCUGAGAGUGUACGAUGAGGAGAUGGUGAAGCCGCUGGAGCCGCCGGAGCCACCAACCUGCGAACCAGAGGACUAAAGAGUUGCCCUUUCCCAGGCUCCUCUGCUGUACCACUACUGCCUGUGACAACUGCAGCCAGCUCUUCUUUGCCCCCUGCUGGAUGCCAGCGGAACUGAUGCCUGCAAACUGGAACACAGGCGACAAAGCACUAUUUGCACUUUAUGUUAACAAACAACGACUUAAGGGGAUUUAGUAGAAAGACAAAUGCAUCAGGUUAUUGCAUAAUCAUCCAUUUAUAACAACGAUAAACGUUCAGGGUGGAAAUAAAAAAACUUAAUAGAACAAAAGAUGAUAUGCUGACUUGCUGUAGUGCCAUACACUGAAAUGAGCCACAGUUCAAGCAGGAUCCAACUCACAAAAACAGCAUUUCCUGUUUUUAAGGCUAUUUAUGAUUUUGUUAUGUGUUUAAAGGGCCCUUACCCUCCCCAUGCUCUCUAUUGCCCCAGUAAAUCUCUUGGUACUUGAAGCUGUCAAGAGUCUAAAAUCCUCCCUUGAGGAGUCCUGCGAAAGUACUCUGUGAGAAAUCUGAGUAUUCAGCUUUUGACGGUACUCUUUUUCUUCAUUCAACUUCUGAGGCCUCGAAAAACAAGACAGUACUACUGCUUUGACAUGCACUGUUUUUCCUCUAGAGCCCAUUGCGUGUCUAUCUAGGGCUGGAGCCAUUGUAAAACUGUUAAAUCCAUAUACAGGUUUAGGCCAGCAGUUAGGAAUCCAGCUACUGUAUACAGUGUGAAAAAAUAAUGUGAAGAUGUGCUGCUGUACGUGUGACAUUUGCCUACAAGACACACCAGAUCAGGCCGAUUGCUUUGGCUUCCAGUUUUACAGUUUUUGGAGCACAUGGUUCAGACAUACAAUGCCUUUCAAUCUUCUAAUCCUUUAGCUCCCCACCCAGCUGUUGGAUUUCAUCACCUACUCGGUCAACAGGAACUUUUGCGGCUUCGGCAGUGGAGCUCUUGUUUGCUUGUGUAAAGAAAUUAUGGAGCCUUCUGCGUUUCAGCAUGUAAUUUCUGUUCAGCGUUCAGAUUGCUGAUGAAGAUGAGCUAGUCAUACCUGUUUUAUUUUCAUCUCUCAUUUUGAAAACUCCCCACCCUGCCCCAUAGCUUUGGCUUUAGUACUGAAAAGUUUGUGCUUCAGAGCACUUCAGGCUUUCCAAAAUGCUACAUUGUUUUCUGCCAGUGCAUAAGUGUCUGAAAAGGUAGGCCAACUCCCGCUUUCACCUGCUAUCUUACAUCUGUACACUUACCCUUUAACCUGUCUAACUAAGGGAAAAGUGCUGCUUCUGUACUUGGCUAGCUCAAAUAAAGACCCUCUGUCUGCUUCAGGUAAAGGUGCUACAGGCCCCACCCCUCUAUCUGGCUAAGGCAAAGGUGUCCCCUGCACCUGGCCAACUGAGAUAAUGGUGGCAUAGGCCCCAUCUCUGUUUCUGGCCAACUAAAGUAAAGGUGCUAUAGGCCUGACCCUGUAUCUGCUUCAGGUAAAGGUGCUAUAGGCCCCACCCAUUUACCUGUUGUAAUAAGAUAAAGAUAAUAUAGGUCCCACCCCUCUAUCUCGCUAAAGUAAAGGUGCUAAAAGCAUUUUCCCUGCACCUGGCCAACAGAGAUAAAAGUGGCAUAGGCCCCAUCUCUCUAUCUGGCGGUUCUACAGGCCCCACCCCUUUACCUGUCAUAAUAAGGUAAAGAUGCUAUAGAUCCCAGCCCUCUGUCUGGCUGACUAAGGCCCUGCUCCUGUACCAACUGAGAUAAAGGUGGCAUAGGCCCCAUCUUUGUAUCUGGCCAACUAAAGUAAAGUCACUAUAGGUCCCACCCAUGUACCUGGCUAACUAACGUAAAAGUGCUAAAGGCCCCAACCCUUUACCUAUCUGAAGCAGGUAAAGAUACGGAUAGGUCCCACCCCUGUACUUGGCUAGCUGAGGUAAAGGUGCUAAAAGCCUUGCUCCUUUACCUGGCUAACUAAAGUAAAGGUGCUACAGGCCCCACCCCUUUCCCUGUCUAAGGUAAAGAUACUUAUAGGUCCCACCCUUGUACCUGGCUAACAAAGGUAAAGGUAUUAAAGGCCCCAGCCCUCUACUGCUCGAACUAAUGUAAAGAUACUUAGAGGUCCCACCCUUGUACCUGGCUAACUAAGGUAAAGGUGCUUAAAGCCCAACCCCUUUACCUGUAUAACUAAUGUAAAGAUACUGUAGGUCCCACCCCCUUGCCUGGCCAUUUAAGUUGCUAAGGUGCUAAAGGCCCCACCCCUUUACCUGGCUAACUAAGGUUAAGGUGCUAUAGGCUAAACCUUGCACUUCCUUCAGGUAAAGGUGCUACAUAGACUCUGCCCCUGUACCUGUUUCAGGUGAAGGUGCUAUAUAAGCUCUGCCCUAGUACCUGCUUCAGAUAAAGGUUCUCCCAGCCCUGUUCCUGUACCUAUGGACUUUUUACCUGGCUAACUAAGGUAAAUGUGCUGGAUGCCCCAUCCCUGUUCCUGGUAAAGGUGUUGCACACUCUGCCCCUAUAUCCAGAUAUUUGGGGUUGGAAAGAUCUGCACUCUGCAGGCAGAGACAGAUCCUCUUACCCACAUUACUCAAAUCAACUUUUAGUGUCAUUGUUUAAUUUUUUGUAAAAUUCACCCACACAUUGCUUCUAUGUGUCUGACUGUAAAUGUGUAUUUUGGCUGUAUAUCUCUGUUGGGCCCAGAUGUUAUCUGUAUUACGCAAGAAAUUCACUUUGUCCUUAAUCUCCCUUUGAAGGAAUUGGAAAAAUGAUGUGACCAACUACUGUUUACUUUAAAUUGAGUCCUUAACAAUCCUCUUUACUCUUAUUUCAUCCAUCCUCCCUGCUCUAUAUUAACAAAGGCAUUCCACACUGUAUAAGGGACUUGGCUUCCAGGACCAAUGCGUUUUUCACCCUAAUGAAUGUCCAUCAAGCCAAUACGCGAGCUUCCGUGUGUGUUGUGAUGACUCUUGAGCUAUAGAUUUGCUAUUGAUAUUGUGUUGGGACGAUGGUAUUUUUGUAUUUUAAAGAAAAAAAAAAAACAUGGACGGCACUUUGCAGCUGACUGCAGUAGCCAGUCGUGCUACUUGUUCUUACUGUAGUUACGGAAGAUGGGAGUCAUGUUGAAAUUAUAUUUAUGUUGAAAAUUUGUUAAAUAGAGACACCUGUAGGGGAAACUAUUAACUACAUAGUGUCACCUGUUACAUAUUUGUAAAUAUGUUGUUAUAUAUUAAAAGUGUUCUGAAAAGAU